CCCCACCCCCUCGAUUUCUCCAGCUCUCUCUUUUCCUCUGUCCCCCCGUUUCUGCUCCGUGCCCCUGCCAGCCCACCUAGGGGUUGUGCCCCCACCCCGGUGUCACACUGGCUGCGUGCUGGUUGCUGAAGCGCCAGCGAUGGGGACCAGCCGAGGGAUCCCUUGCCCGCUGCCUGCCCAGACCCCCUUACGCCCAUGAGAUGGGAGUCAAGCAGAACCCCCCAGAAGCCACCGUCCUGCCUGUGCCGGGGGCGCCGGGCGAGAACCUGCGGCGGCUGCGGCAGCGGAAGGGGCUGCUGAAGGCCGAGGGGCAGCUGGCAGGCUGGGGCCUGGCCCUGGCGCUCGGGGGGAUCCUGCUCAUGGUGCUGCACACGGAGCUGGCCUGGUUCGGGGGCUGCAAGUGGUUUGCAUAUCUGUUCCUGGUGAAAUGCCUCCUCUCGCUCUCCACCGCCACCCUGCUGGCCCUCAUCCUCGCCUUCCAUGUCAAGGAGAUCCAGCUCUUCAUGCUGGACAACUCGCUCCAGGACUGGCGCCUCGCAGUGAGCGGCCCCAAGCUGGGCCUGAUCCUGCUGGAGCUCCUGGUCUGCUCCCUGCACCCCUUCCCCAUGGGGGGCUCCCCGUGCCUGGCCCCCGAGCUGGCCCCCCUGGCCUCCUUCCUGCCAGGAGCCGAGACGCCGCUGUCGCUGCUGAUGUUCCUGCGGCUGUACCUGGUGCCGCGGGCCUUGCUGCUGCAGAGCCGGGUGCUGGGGGACGCCUCAUACCGCACCAUCGGCUCCCUCAACCAGAUCCGCUUCCAGUACCCGUUCGUCCUGCGCCUGCUGGUCAACCGCCAGCCCGGCCGGGUGCUGCUGGUGCUCACCCUGGGGCUCUGGCUCACCGCCUCCUGGGUGCUGGCCGUCUGCGAGAGGGAGAAUGGAGCAGGGCACCUGGAGGGGACACUGUGGGUCAUCCCCAUCACCUUCCUCACCAUCGGCUACGGGGAUGUGGUGCCAGUGACGGUGUGUGGCCGGCUGGUCUGUCUGUGCACUGGCAUCCUGGGCGUUGGCUGCACAGCCCUGCUGGUGGCAGUGGCAGCUGACAAAAUGGAGUUCAACCGGGCGGAGAAACACGUUUACAACUUCAUGAUGGACAUACAGUGCACUAAAGAGAUGAAGAACUCGGCCGCCAACGUCCUGCAGGCGGCUUGGCUCUUUCACAGACACAGCAAGGCCAGGGCCGGGCGUCCGGCCCGGACCCAUCACAGGCGCUUGCUGGCGGCCAUCCACAGGUUCCGGGAGGUCCGAUUCGCACCGAAGCUCCGGGACCAUGUUAACACCCUGGCGGACAUUGUCGAAGAGACCCCUAAGUAA